CGAAGUAGUCGUGAACAGUGAGUGAUGAGCUGCAAUAAAAGACACUCUCGAGUUAUGCGAUGUAUUAAAAGUGUUUUACUAUAUUAAAUGUCCCCUCGGCUGUGCUGAAAUUUCACUUAAUAUCACGGGCUUGAUAGGAGACCCGGGAUUCACGAUAGGACGUUCUAAUCUGCUGGAUUGCUAGCGAGUAUAUUAUUUUUAACUGCGAUAUACGUCAGUACGAUCUGCCUUAUAAAUGAGCUGCUAAAAGGCAAAGAUAGUGCCGCAAGUGCCAAGAGAGAACUGCGUAAAUUAAAUUAGUAUUGCUUAUUGAAUGGUGUGACAGCAUUACAUAGAAAGAAAAUGCCUCUGUUCGGAAAGUCUCAAAAGAGUCCGGCGGAGGUGGUAAAGGCCUUGAAGGAAGCAGUUAACGCGCUAGAACGUGGAGACAAGAAAGUCGAGAAGGCACAAGAGGAUGUGAGCAAAAACCUGGUUCAUAUUAAAAACAUGCUCUAUGGUACUGCUGAAUCAGAACCACAAGCUGAUAUUGUUGUAGCUCAGCUUGCACAAGAGCUUUACAAUAGUAAUCUGCUUCUUCUACUGGUACAGAAUCUUGGUCGCAUAGAUUUCGAGGGCAAAAAAGAUGUUGCUCAGGUCUUUAAUAAUAUAUUACGAAGACAAAUUGGUACAAGAUCUCCAACUGUCGAAUACAUUUGCACCAAACCGGAGAUCUUAUUCACUCUUAUGUCCGGAUACGAGCACCAGGAUAUUGCAUUGAAUUGUGGAACAAUGCUUCGAGAAUGCGCUAGAUACGAAGCCUUGGCCAAGAUAAUGAUUUAUUCAGAUGAUUUUUAUAAUUUCUUUAGAUACGUCGAGGUAUCCACAUUCGAUAUAGCCUCGGAUGCCUUUUCCACGUUCAAGGAAUUGCUCACCAGGCACAAGAUCCUUAGUGCCGAGUUCCUUGAAGUGAACUAUGAUAAGGUAUUUUCCCACUAUCAAAGGUUACUCAAUUCGGAGAACUAUGUAACACGUCGGCAGAGCUUGAAGCUACUAGGAGAGCUUCUUCUGGACAGACAUAACUUUAGUGUGAUGACUCGAUAUAUUUCAAAUCCUGACAAUUUGAAAUUAAUGAUGAACAUGCUAAAGGAGAAAUCGCGCAAUAUUCAAUUUGAAGCCUUCCACGUGUUUAAGGUGUUUGUAGCCAAUCCAAACAAGCCGAAGCCUAUUCUAGACAUUCUGCUGCGUAAUCAGGAGAAGCUCAUCGAGUUCCUGACGCGUUUUCAUACGGAUCGCUCAGAGGACGAGCAAUUCAACGACGAGAAAGCUUACCUAAUCAAGCAGAUUAAGGAGCUGAAGUCUGUACAUGAGAACUAAGCCGGAAUUCCUUUUAUAACGUUAUUUUUUCCGAGUAGUUGUGUAAAUAAAAUUUACAUUCACAAUUUAUUACUGUAAUAUAUAUAUACACGCAUAGACUCGAGACUACAACUAAAAUAUACUCUGACACCUAAUUCUAAUUAAACUGAUCGGUUGUCGACCUGCGCUCGGUAAAGCAGCCUCGAGAAAUUUUUAAGUGAAUGAUAUACAUUUUGGGGUAAAACAAGGAAAGUAAUAGUCGAGGAAAAAAUAAAGAAACGAAUUAAUAUUCAAUGUCAGAUGAGCGGCUACGGAUUUAAUUCUCAUUUCGGCACGUCACUUUGGUAAGUCUCGCUGAAAUUUGAUCUAAAACUCUUAGCAUAUAUCACAGAAGCUUUGGCAACUGAUCAAAAAUAUAAUUAAAUAAAUUUCUUGCGGCUGCUGCACUAUGUUUCUACACAAUAUUACAGAUUAUCCCGUAUGCGUAUAAAGCGUAUCAAAUAUAUCGGUAGACAUUCGCUUCGUUUUAUCCUAAAGAAAAAUUAUCAUAAUCCCCAUGUAUAUGUAUAGAAUUGACUGUUAAAGAAGAAAAAAAGUGUAACGCCAAAACAAUGAUUACUGUUUAUUAUAUUUAUUGCAAUAAAAGUAUUAAUAAAAAACA